UGGUAUUGUUUAUGUCUAUGUUGAAACCGUGAUAGCGGUAAUUAACGAUAUAUGGAUAAACAACUUUUUAGUUGUUUAACUCAUUAUACUUGCCUUUUGUUUUUUUCAAAAAGCAGAACAAACUAAAGUAAGUGGUAAUGCCAACCUUUAUAAAAAGCACAUCAAAUGAACAUUUGGUUUCAAUAAAAACAACCAAACCAAAACAAAACAAAUCACACAGCAAUAGAAGAAAAGAAGAAAAAAGAGCAGUCAAGUUUAUCACAAACAAAUUCCGAAAAGCGCGUUUGACAAUUUCUCAUGGCAGCAACAACAACAACCACCGCGAGUAAGAGCCACCGCAUUAGAAAACAAACCUACCGAUUCCUUCCUUCAACAGACAGAGACUCUGUCUCCGAGUCACUCUUUGAGUUCGACGAGUCAGAACUCUACAACUCAACUCGCUCUAACUCCAACUCUAACUCCCCCGAGUUUCGCAAUUCCGUUCGUGCUUCUCGUUUUCAACCUAACUCGUCUUCCUCCGCUGUUGGUCGUGUCGGAGAUCCCUCGUCGCUUCCGGUUAACGUUCCGGACUGGUCGAAGAUCCUUGGAGAAGAGUACAGACAGAACCUGAGGUGGAACGGCGAUGACGACGUAGAUGAAGAAGACGGUAAUGGAAGAGUGAUUCCUCCGCAUGAAUUUCUUGCUAGAACGAGAAUUGCUUCGUUCUCUGUUCAUGAAGGAGUUGGUAGAACUCUUAAAGGACGCGAUCUUAGUAGGGUUCGAAACGCGAUUUGGGCGAAAACGGGUUUUCAAGAUUAGGGCACAGAUCGAAUUCGAUUUUGAUAUUUUUUUGCAGAGCCCUAAUUUUGAUUUUGAUAUUUUUUUGUUACGAUCGUUUAUGUGCAUUGGAUGGGAAAUUUCAGAGAUUUUGAUUUGUUGAGAGAGGUUAAUUUUGAACGAUGUUGUUAGUUAGUUACUGUUAUGAUGAAUGUCAUUGUUCUUCAAUUACGUUAUUAUCUACUGAGUUUGUUUUUGGUAAUAAUAUAGUUACAGAUUUAUUUGAGUUUCCACGAUUGGAUCGUGUAUGGUGGACCCGUUGUAGAAGAAGUUGCAGUGGUUCAAUGAUUGGCUAGGAUAUUGUGUGGAUAUUUUGAGUUUUGCUAAGCUCUACUUCAUGGCAUUUGCGGAUGAAUUAGCUCGAGCAACAAAAACUUCUGGCAAAGGACAUUUAAAAAUGCUAUGUUCAGGCUACAUAGCAUUGUGAAACAGGUUGUUGCUGAAAUGACAGCUAUUGGGUUUGGUCUUCCUAGGAAUGCAUUCACGUCUCUUAUGAAGCUCGCGAGCGCAUCCGUUACUCAUGGAAAGGCAAAAUAUAAGUAAAACUUAAAGAUUAGUUGAUUACAGAACCUGUGUCUUAUGAAGAAUGAUCACGAUUCACUUCAAGAUAGAUUAAUUAAAAUAAAAAAAGAUGUUGGACACCAUUCACAUAUCACAAUCUCAUUGUAUCAUCAAUUUCCUUUUAGAUUUAUUUUCAUUAGUUGUACGAUACUAGUUUCCAUUAUAGAAAGUUGAGAUUGUUUUAAGAAGCAUUUAAUAUUUGGAUUCUAGAAAGCCAAUAGUACUUCCUUUCAUUUU